UAGUUUUUAUAUUGCUCAUUGUCACUGUGCCCACCUUAGAAAGCAGAAGUCUACUAUAUAAGUAUUUAUCAGUCAAUACAUAAGUAUUAACCCUUACUGCAUAGACACUUUGAGAACAGAAGGAUGAUCUGGCAGCUGUUAUUGGUGGCUAUGGCGCUGGGCGCGGCGUACUACCGCUGGUCGCGCAGACGGCUCUACCGGCUCGCAGCAGAGAUACCGUGCUUACCGGACAGCUACCCCGUCAUCGGACACGCCCACAUCUUUGCCGGUAGUAAUGAAGAUAUUAUGCAAAUGUUACAAAAAAUAGGUCGGGAAUCAAAUCAACACGAUGGUCUUACAAGUUUUUGGGUGAUCAAUAGGCUGUUUGUUGGUAUGACGGACCCUGCGGCCAUCGAGCUGGUUUCCAAGGCGUGCCUGGACAAAGACGAAUUCCUAGUAAAGUUUAUACGAACCGCAAUAGGCAAUGGUUCGAUAUUUGCUCCAGUAAACAUUUGGCGCCCUCGCCGCAAAAUCAACGCUCCCUUCUUCAGUCGAAAGAAUGUGGACCAGCUGCUGCCGGUGUUCAACACAAAAAGUUCCAUCAUGGUCGACCUGUUGCGCGUCGAGGCAGGUCGCGGCGACUUCCCCAUCUGGAGAUACGUCACCACGUUCACGUUCGAUUCAGUUUGCGAGACUGCCCUGAACACAGAAAUUAAUACGCAAAAAUUUUCCGAUCAUUAUUUCUUUCUGCACGCAAUCGAUGAAUGCACGCAGUUGUUGGCCAAGCGUGGAUUUCAGCCGUGGCUGCACCCGGACGUCAUCUACAAGAGGCUACCCAUGUACAAACGGUACAACAACCACCUGCAACGCAUUUAUACCUUUUUAGAGGAGAAUAUACAAAAGAAAAAGGAAAAAAUAACUGAAUCUGGACUUAAGAAUUUUAAAAACAACAAUAAACUAUCACAUUUUAUCGACGUGAUAAUUCAAUCUUCCGGAGGACUAGAAAAUGGUUACUCGGACAUGGAGCUGCGGGAGGAGCUGAUGGUUUUCAUGAUCGCCGGGAGCGACACUUCGGCCACCUUGGUCAGCUUCACCGCCGUGCUGCUGUCCCGGUACCCGGACGUGCAGGAGAAGGUUUACCAGGAACUGCAAGAAGUGUUUGAAGAGUCUGACCGCGCCGUGACCCCGGAGGAUCUGCUGAAGCUGACGUAUCUGGAGGCCGUCAUCAAAGAGAGCCUGCGCCUCUACCCGCCGGUGCCGAUAGUGGUGCGCGAGAUCCACGGCGAUGUACUUCUACCGUCAGGCACGACGCUGGUGGAUGACACAACGGUGAUGAUCAACAUCUGGGGCACACACCGCAACCCCGCGUAUUGGGGAUCCGACGCGGAGGAGUUCCGUCCCGAGCGGUUCCUGCAGGGCCCCCUGCCUCACCCCGCCAUGUUCGUACCCUUCAGCCACUCCGUCAGAAACUGCAUUGGUGCUACGUAUGCAAUGACGUCGGCGAAGACUGCGCUGACCAACCUGAUCCGGCGCUUCCGACUGCUGCCGCCGGCCGGCGCGCGCGCCGCCGACCUGCAGCGCCCUCUACCCGUCAAGUACGAAAUCAUGAUGAAGGCCGUCGACAACUUCACGCUUAGAAUAGAGGACAGAAGCCAAAACAAAACCCUAACCGUAUAACAUAUAUUUCCGAAUA